AUGGCGCUGUACCAACUGUAUUCUCACCCGGCCGAGCGCGGCUACCGCGCGGGCCUUUGCUCCAAGGCUGCGCUGUUCCUGCUAGUGGCGGCCGUGCUCACCUACAUCCCGCCGCUGCUGGUGGCCUUCCGGAGCCACGGAUUUUGGCUGAAGCGGAGCAGCUACGAAGAGCAGCCGACCGUGCGCUUCCAACACCAGGUGCUGCUGGUGGCCCUGCUGGGGCCCGAGCACGGCGGGUUCCUGGCCUGGAGCACGUUCCCUGCCUUCAACCGGCUGCAGGGGGAUCACCUGCGCGUCCCGCUCGUUUCGACUAGAGAAGAAGACAGGAACCAGGAUGGGAAAAUGGAUAUGUUAUAUUUUAAACUGGAGCUUCCCCUGCAGUCCACAGAGCACGUUCUUGGUGUGCAACUCAUCUUGACCUUCUCCUACCAACUACACAGGAUGUCAACAUUCAUGAUGCAGAGCAUGGCCUUUCUUCAGUCCUCCUUUGCCAUUCCAGGGUCACAGUUAUAUGUGAAUGGAGACCUAAGGCUGCAGCAGAAGCAGCCACUGAGUUACAGUGGCUUAGAUGUCCGAUACAACGUGUCUGUGAUCAAUGGGACCAGCCCCUUUGCCUAUGACUACGACCUUACCCACAUUGUUGCUGCCUACCAAGAAAGGAACGUUACCACCGUCCUGAAUGACCCCAACCCCAUCUGGCUGGUGGGCAGGGCUGCUGACGCUCCAUUUGUCAUCAGUGCUGUCAUCCGAUACCCUGUGGAAGUCAUUUCUUACCAACCAGGCUUCUGGGAGAUGAUAAAAUUUGCCUGGGUCCAGUAUGUCAGCAUCCUGCUCAUCUUCCUCUGGGUGUUUGAAAGAAUCAAAAUAUUCGUGUUUCAGAAUCAAGUGGUGACCACAAUCCCUGUAACAGCAAUGCCAGGGGGAGAGAUGUAUAAGGAACACUUAUCCUAAGAAAUGGUUU